AUGCCAUACACCACCACUCGCCGCGUCCUGUUCAAUCCUACGAGUAUUCCGAGUCUUCGCACAAAGAAACCUCACACGAGGGAUAUUUAUAAUGCUACCUCUCUGCUUCGGGUGGGAUUAGGGAAGGGGACGGUAAAUUCAGGAUGGAAAUGUGCGAGAGGAAGUGUGAGGAGGGAGAGUACGCAGAUUGGGGAGGAUGCGACGGGGCAUAUAAAGGCGAAUGCUAAUGAGGGGAUUUUGUUUUUUGAUAGUAUGUUAGAUCUGUUCCAUAUCCGUGUUGUAGAUAAUUAUGAGAGUAUUCUAGAGUUUUUUAUUGGAACACUUGCUGAUUAUGGUGAUUGUGUAGAUGUGUUCCCACUUAAGCUACGAUUUCUACUGCAUUUGCCGCUGAGAGGUGGGAGAAAUCUCUCGGAUAUGAUGUGGAGGUAUAAUAAUACGGCUCUGAGUCGUUAUGAUCCUUUGAAUUUGGUGAAGAGGGCUAUUCCAGAGUCAAUUCCUUUGAAGGUUACGGAGAUACUUCCGAGGCUGAAGGAUGGGUGGGUAUUUUCCUGGUACUAGGGAUGGAUAGGAGCUUACUGUGGGCAGAGGUGCUUUUGUGAAAUUCCAACAUGAGGGUGGUGUUACGGCUCAGGAAAUUGAGAGUUAGAAUUGCAACCACCCUUCAAAGAGGGUAGAGCUAACAGGACAUAGGUCGUCUCGCAACAUACCUACAAGAAAACCCAAUAAAACCAUGGUACAACCCCUUCUCCCGGAUUCGAGCCAAACUAGUCGUCGGAAAACCCUGGUUAGAAGAUCUCUACCGCUUUCCAAGUCGCAGAAUUAAAAUCGAAUUCGUUCCUGCAACAUCUGGUAAGGAAGCCGCGGAAUUAUCACAAGAAACAAUUUACAGUCUAUUCCGUCGCUAUGGGAAACUUUCGGAAAUCACUUCCCAGCCAUCCGACUCAAAGGUCCUACCCAAAUAUGCUUAUGUGGAUUUCAGCAAGAUGCGCCAAUCCAUCAUGGCAAAGAAUUGUCUGCACGGCUUCAAAGUACUGGAAGAAGAGGGUGGUGGAGCCGCAGCAACGAAAUUACGACUUUCUUUCGAGCAGAAGAUCAAAGCUCAUUUGAUUAGAGACUGGAUUGUGAAUCAUCCGCGAGUCGUGAUACCUGCUGUUGCGGCGCUGCUUGCUACUGUCACGGUUGCAGUUUUCGACCCUAUUCGGACAUUUUUCAUCAAGGCCAAGAUUGACCACUCGUUUCAACUCAACGAGAAUAAGAUCUACAAGUGGUUCAAGAGUCAAGCUACUGAUAUUCUUACCUUCCGUAAGCCGAAAGAGCAAGAUGUUAGCCUUGGUGCUAUUUGGGAUGAUCGGAAGGAAAUUAUUGAUCAAAUUCAAACUUGGCUUAUGGAAACAGCCGACACAUUUAUCGUGAUCCAAGGCCCUCGCGGGUCCGGGAAACGAGAACUUAUUCUUGACCAAGCACUGAAAGGGCGGAAAAACACAUUGAUUAUUGAUUGUAAACCAAUUCAAGAGGCACGAGGUGAUAGUUCGACGAUUGCUGCUGCUGCGAGCGAAGUGGGAUAUCGCCCUAUAUUCUCGUGGAUGAAUAGUAUUAGUUCAUUGGUUGAUCUUGCGGCUCAGGGGACUAUUGGAGUAAAGAGUGGUUUCAGUGAGACGCUUGAUGCGCAGCUCGGGAAGAUUUGGCAGAAUACCAAGGUUGCCAUGAAGCAGGUUGCUUUGGCGCAUCGAGAUGAUGAUGAUAAAGAUGCGAAUCUUUCUGAUGAUGGUAAGGCUUUCUCCUUGGCAUCCACCCUCCGUUUCUCUUGGAACUUGAUACUAAUGCAAGAAUAGAUUGGCUAGAAGCUCACCCGGAAUACAGACCUGUUGUAGUGAUAGACAACUUCCUACACAAAUCAGAAGACUCUUCCCUGAUCUACGACAAGCUCUCCGAAUGGGCCGCUUCUCUGACAACAACUAACAUUGUGCACGUCAUCUUUCUGACAAACGACAUUUCCUACUCGAAAUCCUUGUCAAAAGCACUCCCUGAUCGUGUAUUCCGCCAAAUCGCCUUAGGAGACAUAUCCCCCGAAGUAGCAAAACGUUUCGUCAUAACUCACCUUGACUCCGAUACAUCUUCCAAAAAGAAAGGUCAUGAAGCGGAGAGCGAUGAAAAGGCCCUGACGCCCUCCCAACGCCGAGAAGACCUUAUGGAACUAGACGGCUGUAUAGAUGUCCUCGGUGGUCGUCUCACAGACUUGGAAUUCCUCGCGCGUAGACUCAAGACCGGACAGUCCCCCAACCGUGCAGUAACCGAGAUAAUUGAGCAGAGCGCAUCUGAGAUUCUGAAAAUGUAUUUACUUACCACUUCUUCCUCCCCUUCCUCGGGAUCAGGCGAAGGCAAGAAAUGGACCCCCGAACAAGCAUGGUACCUCGUCUCCAAACUCGCCAACGAAGAAGCCCUCAAAUACAACGAAGUUCUCCUCUCCCCCACCUUCUCCUCCUCCCUCACCGCAUCGGCAUCCAACCCGGAAUCCGUCCUCGAAGCCCUCUCCGCCGCCGAACUCAUCACCAUCAAAACCUACAAAGGCCGACCGCAGAAGAUCGUCGCGGGCAGACCGGUCUACCAAGCUGCCUUCCGACAACUAACCCAAGAUAAGGUCCUGAGAAGCAGGCUGGAUCUCAGUGUUCUUAAGGAGCUGAGUAAGGUUGAGGAGAAGGCUAUUGAGAAGGUCGAGGCGGAGCUGGCUGUUCUUGGGGCUUUGCCGAAACAGCCUAGUGAGGUGGGGCCUAGGGUGCAGUUUUUGUUGGCGAAGUUGGCGGGGAGUCAGAUGAAGGUUGAGGGGUGGGAGAAGGAGAUGGGGGUUCUUAAGAAGGUGCUGGGUGAGGAGUUUUAG